UCGUUGCCUGGCAACGAAAAAUUAAAUGUUUGAUCGCUUUGAAAGAAUUGGGGAAAAAUAACAUGAAUGAAGUUUAAUAAAAAAGAAAAGUAGCAUUGAAGACAAUUUGUUGUUAUUUUAAUUUAUUAACAACAUGUCUAAAUUCGCCAUGGUAGACCUGGUUGAAUUAGCAUCUAAUGAAAACAGUAUUUCUACAAAAGAAUUUCUCAACCUCGAAAAGACUUGUGAAGCGUACAAAGACAGUGAUGAAGAGAUAAAAAUGAUAUUUACUGAGAUAAACAAACUGUCUGGUGGAAUAGGGAAUAAUAAUAAAAUGGCAGAGGAGGAUAUGGAUGAUGUGGAGUUGAUUUUGAAGAGAGCAGAAGAUAUUGCUCUAGAGACGGAAAACUUAUUGAAAAGUAGUCCUGUCGCUGAUGUGACCGGCAACAGUAUCCCAGGCAGUGUAUCCAAUUCGGUUGUCAUACCCCAAAUCAAAGUUAGCAAACCCAUAGAAAACCAAGAUCAAAAUUGUAACUUGGCACAUAAGCAAAAUACCAAGCAAGCUGGUAAAGAAAAUAAUGAAAAUCGACGCAAACCAAAAUCGAGACCUUAUUCGGCUGGGGUUAUCGAUUCUAAGAAACGAGAAGGCGGUAAAGUUGCAAGAUUUGUUACAAACUCACCAAAAAAGAGCACGAACUGUAAACACGAAGGUUUAAUUGAAGAGCUAAAAGAUACCAAUGAGAGAAUUAAAAGCAUUGAACUCUUGAAUGUUCAACUAACCGAUGACAAUAAAGUUCUGAGAAAGAAACUCGAUCAAAUCAACGAACAAAAACAUGUUGCCGAUUUGAAAUUAGCUGAAUGCGAAAAGUUUAUCAGUCGAAUUGGAAAAGAAUAUGAGAACAGAAAUAUGGAACUCAAAGCGGCUAACGAAAAUGAGGGAAGAAUAAUGGCAGAGUUAAAUAAAGAACGUAACGAGAGAAAGAACUUGACUAUCCAACAUGAAAAAGACGUGAUUGUAAUUCAUGAUCUUCAAAGGCAGGUCAAAGAAAUGGAGCUGAUAUUGAGAAGGAAACAUCCUGAUUCUGUAUCAGCCUUGAUAGUGGCCUCAAAGUCAUCGACAGUGGAAGAUAACAAGAAAAAGUUAUUGGAAGAACGAAUCGCCCGUUUGGAACAAGAACUAAAGGACAAGGAAGAUCAUUUUCAGGGUAUACUGUUAACGCUUCAGGAAAAGUUUGGAGACAUGAAAGUGAAAUAUGAAAACCAUAUUAUUGACGUAGAGCGACAGCUAAUGGAAGAUCGUAAAGUAAACACAGAGCUUAAGAAUAAGUUAGGCAAAGCCAACAUGGUUGAUGCAUCCGUCCAAACAAUGCCUAGGCCUGUACACACAAUUUCUACACAAACAUUUUUAAAACCAGACAGAGCUUCGUCAGCUGUGAGCAGACUGUCGCAGAAUUCUGCGCUUUUAUUGAAUAAGUUGAAAGAAGAUAGUUAUUUAGUGGCCACAAUCAAGGGCUUGCAAGCAGAGCUUACUGUAAAACAACGAACUAUUGCUAAGAUAAAUAGAGAAACAGAAGAAUUAAGGAAGAAUUUACGGAAUCUGCAAAAAGAAAAAGAAGUGCUACUUCACAUAAACCCUCAAAAGAAGAUAGGUUUAAAGCAAAAUAAGUCUACAGAAAACAUUUUGGCAAGAAUGAACACCGAAAUGGUGACUGAGUUGGAAGAGAUGAAAAAGCAGAAAGAAGUAAUAUUGCUUGAACGAAACAGCUUGUUGGAUUCUUUGAAGCGAACGAACGAAGAGUUUAUCUUGCUGAAGAAGAAGAGGAUUCAAGAUCUACACACUCUCCAACUCGCCCAUGAAAAAGAGCUGAUGCAGAUGAACAUGCAAGUGUAUCCUUUACAAGAGGAGAUCAAACUUCUGAAUCGAACCGUCGAGAUCCUUCAAGACCGUUUAAGAUCAGCAGACGAUAAAUCUGUUAGACAUCAAACAAAAGAGGAUAAUAUGCAUGCUGGAGGAGAUACUGGCAGUUUGAAGAGUACCGGUAAGAAAGAUAACCGUUAAGAAAGAAAAAAAAACUAUUUCUUAUGUUGAUCUCUAUGAUAUUGAUGACGUAUUUUACAUAUCGAUCACCCGCAUUUAUUCCAUAAAUAAUUAUUAAUUUAUAUUCAAUAACAAUUAAUUUGUGUGAUUGCUAUGUAUGAAUUAUUAUGGUACAUGUAGCUGAUAAUAGAAUUUAAUUUAUCGCACUGCAUUCGUUUGGUGUGCAAUAAAAUUUUGUAAUUUUGUACACAAAUUCUUCGUUUGACGACCGAAUAGUUUGGUCGGUUCAUUGAAAUUCAUUCACAAUCGCACGUUGAAGAUAACGGUGAAAGUAUUUGUGACGUUUGCCUUAAACGUGUGACGUUUAUGCCUUUUUUACGAUGCAUUUUACUUAACCACGUGUGUUAUUUACUUAUGCUUAGGGUUGCCAUCUCUAAAAUUUGGUAAUCAGGACAAGAUGCGAGAAAACCCCGGAUUUUGAAGCCCAGAAACCGGAUAUGUCAACAGGUUUUUAUAAAACUUAGUCACGUCUCCCGGCAUUGGCUUAAGACUUAAUUUUUUUAUACCCGGACAACAAAUAAAACCUCACCCGGACGCCCUCUAAACUAGGACAAAUCUGGGGAAACCCGGACGGAUGGCAACCCUAUUUAUGCUUAAGAACGUUGAAGAUUAUGUGAUAGGGACCAGAUAGUUUAUAAGGAGAGUUCUAAGUGUUCUUGAGUGCCUAAGGGUGAUA